UUCCUUUUGUUUGGGUGGCCGCCUUUUCAUUCUUUUUCAUUCAUGCAGUCAGCAGAACGACAAAAACCUCGAACCAUUCGUCGUACUAGUAUAGAGGAUGAUUUGUCAAAUGUUCCUCACCAUGACAUAAUUCAGGAUGGCCAUGACUUGAUCUUCCAAGAGUUUCAACUAGAACCUUUUGAUUAUAGUGAUAUUCUGGAUGUCAUGCCUAUCAGCCAACUGAGCACGGAACCCCAGUUGCAACAACCACAUGGCCAUAUAACGAAAGAAAUUCUCAACACUUGCAUGGCAUUAGACUACAGUUGCCUUUACUUACUGGAUGCGUUUACUGUGCAAUAUUCUUCACUCACGAACGACCAUGAUCUUUCAACGUGUCAUAAAAUGCUGAGUGAUUUAAUUUCAGCUCAUGGAACCGCCAGUUCCAGUUUACAUUCUGAAAUAUUGGAAUCUAUUAAGCUGCAGCUGCAGAAUGUGCUACAAUCCAAAGAUGCCCAGAAGCUUGUUGAGCACAUCGUCUUAGUCGCAAACAAUGUAUACAAAAUGAUUCAGACGGCAAGGCAACGUCCCUCCACAUUGGAUACCACCCAAUUUACCAACCAAGAUACCGAUGAGGCUAUGCUCAUCGUUCAACGCAUUGUUGAAGAUUUACAAACCAUGCGAGCCAACGCUACCCAAACUCCUGAUGACAAUGACACUUGGGAACAAAUCGAUUCUUCCAUGGCGGUCGUUGAACAUUUAAUUGAUACCAUUUUAUGUGACUCUCAACUCCCUCACUACAACGACGCUUGUGGUCCACGAACCGAAGUCGCUGGCUUAUUACCACCCUACUAUAAUAACGCAUCGAUCAAAGCGAAAGAUCCUUUUGAUACGGAUGAUUCCAAACGAACGUACGAUUUGGACGGUCUCAUUUCUGCCCUUGAUCGAAUCACAACCUCCGUUCCUCGCCUACAUAAUCAAUGUUUUGAACUAAACGAGCGACAGCGACAUCAAAUGGAUACUGCUACCAUGCAAGCUACUGUAGACAGGUUGGCCCGUGGUCGACUUGAUAACCAAAGGGCCAAUACACCCAAACAUCGGACCAAACCAAGCAAUAGCCUUGCUACCAAUGCUGCAGAGAAGCUUGUUGACUGUCAGCCAUCUAAGAAUUGCAAAUAUCCAGAACAAAUGUUUAUGGCUUUGAUGCGUCGGUGGGUGCAUUCCAUAUUAACUUAUGGCGAACGUCGAAGGGACCGACAUCGCCGAAAGACCAAGGCUGAGCGUGAUCGGUAUACAUCGGACUUAAUCACCCGGUUUGAACGGUUACGAGAAAAAACUCGCUUGCAUAAUCAAGACGCUGUGAUGAUGCUCUGCUAUCAUGAAUUAGACCAAAUCCUCAAUCACCUUGAUAAGACCACACAUCAGUUUGCUAACCAGCGAGCGUCUUUUCGACCCAGGUCGGCGGCUACUUCAUAAUGUGAAAACAUAACCGAAAAAAAAAAAUAUAACUGGAUUCCCCGCCCCUUACUUUGCCAACCAAAUACCAACGACGUGCGCCGGUUUUUUUUAAUGAACUCAUUUUUUCUACAAGGCGCAUUCCGCUAUUCCCCUACGAAGCUCAACUUGACAUGCUUGCAUUUUGAAUGGCUUCUUGAUCCAUGACAUAAUCUAUAUAAAUGACUGUUGUUUAAUGAAGUGGGGACUUUCCGUUUGGGG